AUGGGACAUGAAGGAGCAUGGAGGGACUUGGCACAUGGAAGCAGCUCAACUGGAUACGCAAAGGAAGAAGGGAGAAGCCAUCUUGAAGACCAGCUCGACCGUCUACUCGACCAACCGGUCGAGUUCCUCAACUCGACCGGCCAAGCUUCAACUCGAUCGAGCUGGAAGUCAAAGUUUGACGUCGGCGCUACGGCGUUCAUACUUCAGUCCAGCGUGACCUCAUCGAGCUCGAUCACAGCACUCGACCUCGUCCAAUUCGAUCACUUGAUGUUUGAUAGCGUCAACGCGACCACGUGUACUCUGUCACUCCAGCUCCGUCACUCCAGGAAACACCUAAAACUGACACAAAUGUACAAGAUGUAA